GGCGGGCAGCGCUCGGUGCCUGCAGUGCCGGGCGGAGGCUGCGGGCGCCGCUGUUGACCGAGAGGAGCGGGAGGAAGCUCGGAGCGCUGCAGCCCCGCCCGCUGCCGACCCGCUCGAUCGCUCGCUCGCUCGGCAUCAGGCUCGGUGGCGGGCGGUCUGCGAGAGUCUCCGCAUGACAGCGGAGAGGAUCGACAGAGAGCAGCUGUGCGAGCGUGUGCAACAAUGCGUGCUGCGCUGUGAGCUGAUAGUGGAAGGGGAAAUGAAGUUUUAUGGAAUAGAAGUGGAAAUCACAGACAUUAAUGACAACGCGCCCAGCUUCAAGGAAAUUGAACUGGAAGAGACAAUAAGUGAGAUGACAGCCCCGGGGUCGCAGUUUCCCCUGGCCGAGGCUCAGGACCCUGACUCGGGCCGGAAUUCCCUGCAGAGCUACGAGCUGAGCGGCGACGAGCACUUCUCGCUGGCCGUGCAGACGGGCCCCGGCGGCGAUCAGCGUCCCGAGCUGGUGCUGGCCAAGGCGCUGGACCGGGAGGAGGCGGCGUUUCACGAGCUGGUGCUGAGGGCGAGCGACGGCGGCGAUCCGGCACGGACGGGCACGGCUCGGAUCCGCGUGACGGUGCUGGACGCGAACGACAACGCGCCCGUGUUCAGCCAGGCGGAGUACACGGUGCGUGUGCCCGAGGACGUGCCCGUGGGCUCUGUCCUCGUCACUGUCAGGGCCACGGACGCUGACGAAGGGCUGAAUGGUCAUUUGAAAUACUCGUUUAAGAAAAUCACAGAGAAAGCCUUGAAAAUAUUCUACUUAGAUAGUGAGACUGGAGAGAUCAGGCUGUUGCGGAGCCUGGACUUCGAGGAAGGCGACUCGUACGAACUGGAGGUGCAGGCACGUGAUGGGGGUGGCCUGUCCGAUACUGCCGAAGUCUCGAUCACUGUGAAAGACAUAAACGAUAACGCACCCGAGAUUUCGGUGAGGUCUGCGCUCAGCGAGAUUUCUGAGGAUGCCCUGUCGGGGACAGUUGUAGCCCUUUUGCACGUACAUGAUCGAGACUCAGGGGUGAAUGGCGAGGUGCGCUGCUCGAUCGACAAAGACGUCCCGUUCCGGCUGCAAAGCUCGCAGGGCAAUUACUACAGCGUGGUGACAGCGAGAGAGCUGGACCGGGAGCAGGUGGCGGAGUACAACGUGACGGUGCGGGCGGCCGACGGCGGGUCGCCGGCGCUGCAGAGCAGCGCGGUGCUGGCGCUGCGGGUGCUGGACGUGAACGACAACGCGCCGGUGUUCGCGGAGGAGCGCUACAGCGCGCGGCUGGCGGAGAACAACGCGGCGGGCGCGCUGGUGCUGACGGUGCGCGCCACGGACGCGGACUGGGGGCAGAACGCGCGCGUCGCUCAAUGCGUGCUGCGCUGUGAGCUGAUAGUGCAAGGAGAAAUGAAGAUUUACCGAAUAGAAGUAGAAAUCACGGACAUUAACGACAACGCGCCCAGCUUCAAGGAAGCUGAGUUGGAAGAAAGAAUAAGCGAGGGGACAGCGCCGGGGUCUCGGUUUCCCUUACCCGAGGCGCACGACCUGGAUUCUGGUCAGAAUUCCCUGCAGAGCUACGAGCUGAGCGGCGACGAGCACUUCUCGCUGGCCGUGCAGGCGGGCCCCGGCGGCGAUCAGCGUCCCGAGCUGGUGCUGGCCAAGGCGCUGGACCGGGAGGAGGCGGCGUUUCACGAGCUGGUGCUGAGGGCGAGCGACGGCGGCGAUCCGGCACGGACGGGCACGGCUCGGAUCCGCGUGACGGUGCUGGACGCGAACGACAACGCGCCCGUGUUCAGCCAGGCCGAGUACACGGUGCGUGUGCCCGAGGACGUGCCCGUGGGCUCUGUCCUCGUCACUGUCAGGGCCACGGACGCUGACGAAGGGCUGAAUGGUCAUUUGAAAUACUCGUUUAAGAAAAUCACAGAGAAAGCCUUGAAAAUAUUCUACUUAGAUAGUGAGACUGGAGAGAUCAGGCUGUUGCGGAGCCUGGACUUCGAGGAAGGCGACUCGUACGAACUGGAGGUGCAGGCACGUGAUGGGGGUGGCCUGUCCGAUACUGCCGAAGUCUCGAUCACUGUGAAAGACAUAAACGAUAACGCACCCGAGAUUUCGGUGAGGUCUGCGCUCAGCGAGAUUUCUGAGGAUGCCCUGUCGGGGACAGUUGUAGCCCUUUUGCACGUACAUGAUCGAGACUCAGGGGUGAAUGGCGAGGUGCGCUGCUCGAUCGACAAAGACGUCCCGUUCCGGCUGCAAAGCUCGCAGGGCAAUUACUACAGCGUGGUGACAGCGAGAGAGCUGGACCGGGAGCAGGUGGCGGAGUACAACGUGACGGUGCGGGCGGCCGACGGCGGGUCGCCGGCGCUGCAGAGCAGCGCGGUGCUGGCGCUGCGGGUGCUGGACGUGAACGACAACGCGCCGGUGUUCGCGGAGGAGCGCUACAGCGCGCGGCUGGCGGAGAACAACGCGGCGGGCGCGCUGGUGCUGACGGUGCGCGCCACGGACGCGGACUGGGGGCAGAACGCGCGCGUGCGCUACCGGCUGGCGGAGGGGCGGGUGCGGGGCGCGCCGCUGUCGUCGUACGUGUCGGUGCAGGCGGAGACGGGCGCGCUGUACGCGCUGCGCUCCUUCGACUACGAGCAGCUGCGCGAGCUGCAGCUGUGGGUGCGGGCGGAGGACGGCGGCGCGCCGGCGCUGAGCAGCAACGUGUCGGUGCGGCUGCUGAUCGUGGACGAGAACGACAACGCGCCGCAGGUGCUGUACCCGCCGCCGGGCGCGGCGGCGGGCUCGGGCGCGGCGUGGUCGGGCGUGGAGCUGGCGCCGCGCCGGUCGGAGGCCGGCGCGCUGGUGGCCAAGGUGGUGGCGGUGGACGCGGACGCGGGGCAGAACGCGUGGCUGUCCUACGAGCUGGCCAAGGCCACGGAGCCGGGGCUGUUCCGCGUGGGGCUGCACAGCGGCGAGGUGCGCACGGCGCGCUCGCCGCUGGCCCGCGACGCGGCGCGCCAGAGCCUGGUGGUGCUGGUCAAGGACCACGGGCGGCCGGCGCUCUCGGCCACGGCCACGCUCAGCGUGGUGCUGGCCGAGAGCGUGGCCGAGCUGCUGGCCGAGCUGGGCAGCGCGGCCGACGAGGCGGCGGCGCCGGGCGAGCCGGCCGCCGGCCUGACGCGCUGGCUCGUGCUGGCCGUGGCCGCCGUGUCGUGCCUCUUCGUGGCCUUCCUGCUGCUGCUGCUGGCGCUGCGCCUGCGCCGCUGGCACCGCCAGCAGCUGCUGCCGGCCGACAGCGGCGCCUUGCGCGGCGUGCCCGUGUCGCACUUCGUGGGCAUCGACGGCGUGCGCGCCUUCCUGCAGUCCUACUCGCACGACGUGUCGCUCACGGCCGACUCGCGCAAGAGCCAGCUGCGCUUCUCGGCCGCCAGCUGCUGCGACACCCUCCCGGCCCGGCCGCCGCCCGACGAGCCCGCGCCGCUGCUCGGGGACGAGGACCCGGCCGCCGCCCUGCCCGCGUCUUCUGCCCCUCCCUCGGUGAGAAAAGCAGAGAAUGAAGGAUCGGUCCUCUACAUCUGCAUGAUGGGGCCUGCUGAUUCUUGCUGCACGGAGGUGGACAGGGCACAGGACGCUGACGUGGGAACGAAUGCGCUGUUGACGUACCAUCUCACGAGCGACCCGUCGUUCUCUCUCGCCUUAAAGGAGACCCUCGACGGAAGCAAGCAGCCGGAAUUGGUGCUGGAGAGAGCCUUGGACCGGGAGAAGCAGAGCUGCUUUGAAUUGGUACUGACAGCAGUGGAUGGCGGGGAUCCCGCGAGAUCCGGGACUGUUCAGGUUCGCAUCAAUGUGACGGACUUAAACGACAACCCACCUGUGUUCAGCAAAGGAGUCUACGAGGCGCGAGUGGCGGAGAAUUUGCCAGCGGGGUCUCUCGUGCUGAGGGUACGGGCGACAGAUGCAGACGCGGGCACCAACGGGCGGGUCUCCUACUCCCUCAGCAACGUCCACGGCACCAUCAGCGCAUUGUUCACUGUCGACAGCGACAGCGGGGAGGUCAGGACGGCGGGUCCCCUCGAUUUCGAGGAGAAGA